CUGCUUUCGUUUCCGUGUUUCUCCUGCUCGCUGUGAACAGGCCCCAUGUUGAACGACAACCAGAAGUAAUACUACGGUCGUUCCCAUCAGUGCAUCCAUCUCAUCCGUCCCAAACACACGAAAUAUAAAAUGUAGACAGGGAUGCCAAGGAAGAUCCUCGGCUGACCCACUCGCGCUGACCCCCCGCCACCAUCACACACCAUUACCUUUACUCGCCACCAGGCCGCUGUAUCAAUCGGCCUCCUACCCUUAGUUCCCCCACACUGCCCCCUCCGGCACCCGCCACCAGCCAGCGAGCAUCUUGUGCGCCUUCUCAUGUCGCUCCUCGUUGGCCCACAUGGCCUCGGUGACGAAGUGCAGGUACACCAUCUCGAUGUAGAGGCGCUCCUGGGCCUCGGCGUCGCCCUCGUCCGCCGUCUUGAUGGCAACCGACAUUAUCUCGUACUUCUCGUCCGGAGUGAGGUACCGGUAGAAGCGGACGGUGGUUCGGUUGCCCUUAAUGGUGCGGUGGGGCGUCUUGGUGCGGACCCAUGUGCGUGGGUCGGGGAGGAUCCACUCGGGGGGGUAAUGCGGGCACACCACUCUAGCUGAGGGCGCAGCUCGUCGAUCAGGCGCCGCAGGUGGUCAAUCUGCUCGUUCUUCUGCAGCACCAGCUGCCCCAGGCCAGAUGGAUGCUGACAAGUAGAUUUUGCUGUUGAUUCACGCACCGUAGAAAAAUGUCUCGCAAUAAGCCCUUGCAGGUAGGCUUGUGUCCUCCAUUUGCAGGCAUAGGCAUGGGGCCGCUUGAGAGCGCUGAGACACACACGUUAGCAGCAGACGGAUUGCUUGAGAGGAUGCUGUCACUGGAAGACCAGAUUUCUUACUCAUCUGACAGCCGCCAGAAGCGCCUCAAACGGACACCCAAACAUAAAACCUGGAGACAAUGUCCUUUGGGGUACGUGUUACUUCGACCACCAGCUUGACAUCCGGCAUCGUUAUGGAUGUCUCCACGUAGUUCGUAGCAAACAUGAAUCUGGUCUUGUCUGCAAUAUUAUAUAGCACAUCCAACAAGCCGUGAUUCAUGACAUGUCCUCCGCAUCAUUCCUCUGAUUAUACCAGGUGGGGCUCUUGCAAGCGCUUGCUUUCGGACUUCUUCGCUAACUUGGGCAUGUAGCGGGAUGGCAAUGUAGUCCGUUUGCCUCCGUCAGCAGUUGGUCGAGGUGCGCUAUCCUGGAGUGCAUGUCGCUCCGCAUGUUCUCGUCCACCUCAAUAUGCAGCCAGGCCACAACACACAU